CGGCUCAACAGUGCAGCUAUACUGAGGUAAUCAGAAAACUACGUUUUCGUGUUGGAUUGAUCUUCUUCGAACUCGGUUUUUUGAAACGAUGGACAUGUUAUUACAACAAACAGACUGUCGACAUUCCGAGAGGGAGGCAUAUUACCACUACCUCACUAACUUUACUCCAAGACAAGAGUCAGGAUGCUACAGUGAGGUGAAUAUCUUGGUUCUCAGUGAGGUUACUACCAAAUCUGUCUCUAUGAAACUGCGGCGCAACACAGUCCUGAGAAGCCGAAGGCGUCAACAGCGAGAACAUGUGAAGGACUCUGAGAGCAUCUGUGUGGUGUUGAGUGACACUGACUCUAGCCAGUCAGAGAGUGUGGAGGAAAUAAAAGACCAUGUGUCUGUUAUUCAUGAUAUGAAGCGGCCAGUAAGGAAGAGUAGAGCUGGUGCAUCAUGUCGAGCGAGAAAAGAAGAUGAGAGACCGCUUUCUCUUGUGGAACAACAACAUGGAGCGGUUCAGAAGAUCUCCCUGGCUCCAGAUGCAAUGGCUGAGGACACUCUAGAGAAACUCAGGUUGAGGGCUAAUACUUCUGAGACCAAGACUGAGGUUGAGUCUCGGGUAGAGCUUGAGUCUGUUUUGGACGAAUCCAGUACCGAUCUCACAGUGGAAUCGGGUCCCAGCUCGCCCUCUUGUCCUGUUGAUACUGUAAGAUGCAGAGAAUGCCAGAGACUUUUCGCCAAGAUGAGAAAACAGCCGACCCCAAAACAGAAAAGCAGAGAUACAAAUCCAGCAUCUUUAUCUUGUGAUGUGUGGGUACUGCUUAAGAAGUGGCACCCUCAGAGACUCCGCCAUCGGGAGAAGGGACUCAACAAGCAGAAAGAAGUGUCUGAUGGCAUAGACGGAACGCGGCGGGUGCUGAUGUUUGAUGACACCCCUGAAACUGUUGCUGCGGAAACUGCGGAACAGAGGAAAAGCCCUCGACAGAAGCACAAGCGUGGAGAGAUUCGUGAAGCUCAGAAUGAGCAGCAGGAAGAGAUUUCUGAGGAUUCGGAUGGGUUCAGGACGCCCACAGAUCUGUUCAGCGUGAAGCCCAAGAUUAAACGAGGGAACCAGAAGAAAGUCUCUGCCUCUGGUAAACCUGCCGUACAGAAGCCCAACUUCAUGUCCAUGAAUUUGCGUCGCUGCAAGGAUCUGCUCUCCGUUCAGACCAACCUGUCCAUUACCAAAGCCAAACCACGGCAUCGUAAGAGGUCACGAUCUGUGGUCUGGCCGCCCGUUGCUGGUUGGCAAUUUUCUGUGAAAAGGAAGCCUUCCUUGAACAGCACAUUAUCUCAGCAGCUUUAUCCACUCGACCUUAGUGUCGGUGUGAAGCAGAAGGACAAACUUCUUGUAGAUGACAAGAUUUCAAGAUUAAAUGCAGAUUUGAAGCAGAACUCGGAUGUCUCUAGCAAACAGAGGACGACUAAUGUCCGGGGUAAAUCGAACAAGCAGGAAGUGUCUGAUGGCAUAGACGGAACGCGGCGGGUGCUGAUGUUUGAUGACACCCCUGAAACUGUUGCUGCGGAAACUGCGGAACAGAGGAAAAGCCCUCGACAGAAGCACAAGCGUGGAGAGAUUCGUGAAGCUCAGAAUGAGCAGCAGGAAGAGAUUUCUGAGGAUUCGGAUGGGUUCAGGACGCCCACAGAUCUGUUCAGCGUGAAGCCCAAGAUUAAACGAGGGAACCAGAAGAAAGUCUCUACCUCUGGUAAACCUGCCGUACAGAAGCCCAACUUCAUGUCCAUGUUAGCCACACUGGUGAAGAAUCCGAACCAGAUUAUUAAGGAAUCCUGCAAAUGAGUCUCUAUUGAAGUUUUGUAAUUCUGUUAGUCGUUCAAGUUUUGCUAAUUCUGUUAAUAGAUCUCCUCUCUGACAAAAGUCUGCUAAUGUUUAUUUAUUGUUCAUUUGUUUGUGUUCUAACAUUAGCAUUUGCAUGAGUAAAUAAGUCUUGCAUUAAAUUAUCUGUUUGUGUAUGCUGUUAACUCCACAGUGGCGUGAACUGCAGUUACUGUAAUAACCACAGAGCGGAGCUGUUUCCAAA